CCUGUUCCAGCCUCCCGCGGCCGCCAGCCGGGGACGGGAGAGAGACAAGCGGGGCAGAGCCGCCGGUUGCUGGCUCUAUGCUGCCCGCCCCGGCGCUAGGAGCCCGCCCCGGGGGGAUGCUGGUGCUGGGAUUGCUGCUGGGAUAACCCCCGCCGCCCUCCUCCGCCUGCUGCCGCCCGGUCCAGACGGAGGAUGCUGCCCGGGUCGCGGGGGACUCUGACCAGGGGACCAGCGGCAGCGUCCUCUCCUCCGGCUCCGAGCGCUCGUGCUGCCCCUGGAGCAGCCGCCUACCCCGGGGAGCGAUGACUUCAAAGCACCAGGCGGACUGGAUCCCGUACAGUGUUUUAGAUGAUGAAGGUAGCAAUCUGCGUCAACAAAAGCUUGACAGACAGCGAGCAUUGCUAGAACAGAAGCAGAAAAAAAAACGCCAGGAGCCACUAAUGGUUCAGUCCAAUGUAGACAGCCGCACAAGAACACGAAGAAUGAAACAUUCAGAGGAACAAGCGCCGUUGGUUGAAUCGUAUCUUAACAGCAACAGCAGCACCAUUUUUCAUGUUCAGGAGGCCGAGCAGGAAGAUGUAAAGGUGGUAGCAGAUGUUCAAGCUCCAAAAUCGACUAAAAAAACCAAGGCAGCAGCUGCAAGCUGUCAAACUGGCAGCACGAGAAAGGAGAAAAAGGGGAAACACAAAGGAAUUGAUGGCCCUGCUGCAUUUCAAGAUGAUGUUCAGGAGGUAGGAAGCCAAAUUCAGAUUCUUACUGUUGGGCAGUCUAGCCACAAUGAAGAUGAUGGAGAGACGAUGGCUAGUGGCCAACAACAAAGCAGGCUGGACCUUAGAGUAACAAUGCAGAAAAAGGAUCCCCACGCAAAUACAUCCUGGUCCACUUCCACCUCCCAAUCCAGUCUUGUGGCCCUGGAUCAUGUUCCAGGCAUUUCAAGCAGCAUGAAUUUUGAUGAAGAGGAUGAGGAUGAUGAAGACAGCUCAAGUUCCUCCCAGUUAAACAGUAACACCCGUCCUGGCUCUGCAACAAGCAAGAAAUCAAACAAGGAGGCAGCCUCAGCUCCCAGCCCUUCCGCAAAUGAGCCUGUCAUAGAUGUUGAUGACCUGGAGGAGUUUGCUGUGAGACCUGCUCCACAGGGCGUCACCGUCAAAUGCCGAAUCACAAGAGACAAGAAGGGAAUGGACCGAGGAAUGUACCCUACCUAUUACCUCCACUUGGAAAGGGAGGAUGGUAAAAAGGUAUUUCUAUUAGCCGGAAGGAAGCGAAAGAAGAGCAAAACUUCUAAUUACCUCAUCUCUAUAGACCCAACUGACCUGUCUCGAGGUGGAGAGAGUUUCAUUGGAAAACUAAGAUCAAAUCUUAUGGGGACUAAGUUUACAGUAUAUGACAAUGGAGUAAAUCCAAUGAAAACAACAUCAAGCCUAGAAGCAAGUAACCUGCGUCAGGAGCUAGCUGCUAUUUGCUAUGAAACAAAUGUCUUGGGAUUUAAAGGACCUCGCAAAAUGAGUGUGGUCAUACCAGGAAUGAAUAUGGACCAUGAAAGAGUUUCUAUCCGACCACGUAACGAACAUGAAACGCUUCUUGCAAGAUGGCAGAACAAAAAUACAGAGAGCGUCAUUGAGCUGCAUAACAAAACUCCGGUCUGGAAUGAUGACACCCAGUCCUAUGUUUUAAAUUUCCAUGGUCGAGUCACACAGGCCUCUGUGAAAAACUUCCAAAUUAUUCACGAUAAUGAUCCUGACUAUAUAGUGAUGCAGUUUGGCCGUGUGGCUGAGGAUGUAUUCACCAUGGACUACAACUACCCAAUGUGUGCACUACAAGCCUUUGCUAUUGCCCUCUCCAGCUUUGACAGCAAAUUGGCUUGUGAGUAAACAGGAGUGGUAGAGUCUCUACACAGCUGAGCAGUAUACCACAAGGGAAAACAACAUGAUUCCAAAUUCUCACUGGUAUCAUUUAUGGUUCAUACAAACCAGGCCAGGUAAAAUUCAUUUUUGGAAGGACCACCAUAUUGCUGGGGAGAAAAUAAUUGGAAUCUUUUAAACAUUCAGGACAUUCAGGAAAUAUUGUUUUAUCUGUUAUAUAUUUUUCUGGAAGUGGCAUCAAGUUUCUGUAAAUAAAAGUCCUGUCUGAUAUUCUUAGCUAUGUUAUGGAGAGGUGCCAUGAUGUACUGAACCAUGAAGUAACACCAUUCCCAGUGGUGUCUCUUUUCUAAAUCCAUGAAAGCUAUCUUAAAAAAAAAAA